UACCACCCGCCCGCAUUUGUUCUCUCUACGAACUUGUGAAAUCUUCUUCCUGCUUUCUGCUUCUGUUUCAGUUCGUCGGCGGUGAUAGCAGCGAUGGCCGGACGUGGAAAGACUCUCGGUUCCGGUGCCGCAAAGAAGGCUCAGUCCCGGAGCAGCAAGGCCGGGCUCCAGUUCCCCGUCGGUCGUAUCGCUCGGUUCCUCAAGGCCGGAAAAUACGCCGAGCGUGUUGGUGCCGGAGCUCCGGUGUAUCUCGCCGCUGUGCUUGAAUACCUUGCUGCUGAGGUCCUCGAAUUGGCUGGAAAUGCAGCAAGGGACAACAAGAAGACGAGGAUUGUGCCAAGGCACAUCCAAUUGGCCGUGAGGAACGACGAGGAGCUGAGCAAGCUGCUCGGAGAUGUGACGAUUGCUAACGGCGGUGUUAUGCCCAACAUUCACAACCUUCUGCUCCCCAAGAAGACCGGUGGCUCGUCCAAGCCCUCCGCCGAUGAAGAUUAGAUGCAGAGAAGAAACUUCCUGUGGCAAUCAGGCAUUGAUUGAUAUGUGGUUUUGAUUUGGUUCCAGAAUAGCACUUUCCUCCCUUGCGUAGAUAGAAUUUAGGUCAGUUUUAACUAAGUUCUACUGUUUCUUGUUGUUAUUAGUACCCUGUUCUCAUCCUGUGUGAAUAUACAUUUGAGGAAGGAAAUGAAAACUACAUUCUUCCAUGUU